UCUGGUACUUGCAUCCAUCAGUGACUUGAGAUAGGCAGGUUGUCCUCCAGAGUCACGUGGUCAUGCUGAGCAUCCUUUGCAGAUCCAGUAAACUGCGUGGCGUGUCUUCACUAGGUAUGGACCAGCUCUGCUGCUGCCGCUGCUGCUGCUGCUGCUGCUCUCUUGUAUAGUCGCAGCAUCUCUUGCCUCUAGUUUUUCUACCGCUGGACUGCUCUCUGAAACUACAGGUUAUGCCACCCCAAAGGCUUCCUGGACCCCCAGCCGUGAAAGAGAAGGGCUGAUCCCCAUCCUCCCCCGGGUUCCUGCUGCUUUGCACCCCAUCUUUCCCUCCUGCCCUCUCCCACUUACUCCCCUCUCUCAACUGCACUAACCCCACCCUACUCCCUCAGCCACACCUGACCCCCACCACCCCUGUCAUACUCCAUCUAUAGGACAUUUGGCCAGUCACAUCUUUCCCCCACAAACUCCUCUGUUUAGUUUUAUUUUAGCGACAGUAGCUGUCUUCCCUCUGUCCCCUGCCCCUUGUCAGAAUCUAUUCUUUACCCCUGGCUGCUAGCCAGGCCCCAUGGCUACAGGAGGUCAUGCCCCUGAGAUAGAUGUGUUGAUCAACCUACAACAGGUGGAGGUGGAAGAUGAGGAAGGAUCAGAGGAUGAACGGGAAGAAGAGGAGGAAGAGGAGAACUGGGAGAAAGCACUGUCUGUGGAGCGCUUUGGAGACAUCUUCAGUGACUCUGCUUCCACCAGUGGAGACCGUAUGGGCCGACACUACACAGAGAAAGACUUUGAGUAUCACAGACACACAUUUCACCACACACAUCACCCCCUGUCCACCCACCUGCCCCUGCCACAGCGUUUACGCAAGAGGGUUCACAGCACAGACAGAAAGCGCAAAAAGAAACGGAAGAAAAAAAAGACCUCUCUGCCCCCCUCUGAGGUUACGCCUACUAUCCACGAGGUAGAUGAAGAAGAAGCAGAGUCUGAGAAAGACACAUAUGAGGUGGCUGCCACACCCACAGAGCUACCUGAUAUCCAACCACAGUUUAGUUUGGGGAGCCAAGAGGACUUGGAGGAACCCCUUCCACUCACUACCUUCCAUAUGGAAAAGGAAGAACAUCUCUUGUCGGGGAAAUCCACACCAACUCUGAUAAAGAGGGUGGUUCAUCAUGCUGCCCCUAGACACCAUGAGGAGGUGGAUGGAGAAGAUGCGGCUUGCAACAGUGUUUCCCCAGGAUCAGAUCCCUCAAGUGUGACUGCGACUCGCGGCUGGUUCCGCAGGAAGCCCAUCCACCAUCGUCUGGCAGGCGCCCAGCGGAGCAACUAUGAUCUGCGGGAGCGGAUCUGCAUUGGCAGCAUGACUGCUCUGGAGACGGCCAUCUAUCAGCAGGUUCCAACUGAUGAGGCUGAGGCCCAGAUGUUGGCCAGUGCCGACCUGGAUGACAUGAAAAGUCACAGAUUUGAGGACAACCCCGGGGUGAGACGCCACCUGGUGAAGAAGUCAUCCCGAAGUCAGAUGACCCGGGCCAGCAACAGUUCUACACCACUAUCCAGCCUGAAGAAGAAGAAGAGAGCAGCAGAUAAGAAGACUCAUGAGUUGUUUGUGGAGCUGAAUGAGCUGAUUGUGGAGAAGGACCAUGAAAUGCGUUGGAAGGAGCGGGCUCGCUGGAUCAAGUUUGAAGAGGAUGUGGAGGAGGAGACGGACCGCUGGGGCAAACCUCAUGUGGCCUCACUUUCUUUCCGCAGCUUGCUGGAACUUCGCCGCACCAUCACACAAGGUGCCAUCCUUCUAGACCUUGAGCAGAACUCUCUGCCCGGCAUCGCCCAUCUGGUUGUGGAGACGAUGAUCAUCUCCGAUCAGAUAAGAGCUGAGGACAGAGCCUGUGUUCUCCGGGCUCUGCUUCUAAAACACAGCCAUCCGAGUGAUUUGAAACAUCGUUUUCAUCGCCACCACUCAUCCAGCAGUCUACAUGGCAGCUUCAAUCACAACCACGUCCAGGACACCAGUCUGCCAUUGGUGGCUGAAGAGCAAGAUGAACACCACGAUAACAAAGGGCCGGUAUACGACCCCAAACAAGAUGUGUUUGUCAGCCUGUUUAAAUCUCUCCACCCUUUGCCUCCUGAGAGCCAUCCAGCUGCAGCCAGAUCUAUGAAACUGCUCGCCAAGAUUCCCAAAGAUGCUGAAGCUGUCAUUGUUUUAGUUGGCUGUGUUGAGUUUCUGGAGCAGCCAGCCAUGGCCUUUGUUAGACUAAACGAGGCAGUGCUUCUGGAGUCGGUGCUGGAGGUUCCCGUCCCUGUUCGCUUUAUUUUCGUCCUGCUUGGUCCCAGCCAGUCCAACGUGGACUAUCAUGAGAUUGGAAGGUCCUUCUCCACGCUCAUGUCUGACAAGAACUUCCACGAGGUGGCCUACUUUGCUGACGACAGACAGGACCUGCUGAAUGGUAUCAAUGAAUUCUUGGACUACAGCAUCGUCAUUCCGCCCUCAGAUGUGGAAGGCAAAGACCUCCUGAAGACGGUGGCUGACUUCCAGAAGCAGAUGAUGCGCAAGAGGAAGGAAAGAGAACUUAAGAAGCACCACUCUAUAUAUGGAGUGGAGAACAUGGACAACAAAGAUGUGAGUCCAGAGGAGGAGGAGGAGGGAGACCAGGAGGUGGACCCAUUAAAGCGUUCAGGGAUCCCUUUUGGAGGCCUGAUCCACGACAUCCGCCGCCGCUACCCGCACUAUGUCAGCGACUUGAAAGACGCCCUGGACAUGCAGUGCAUCGCUGCCGUCAUCUUCAUCUAUUUUGCUGCACUGUCGCCUACUAUAACCUUCGGUGGCCUGCUGGGAGAGAAAACGGAGGGCAUGAUGGGAGUGACCGAGCUUAUCGUUUCAACCGCAACUCUUGGAGUUAUAUUCUCACUGUUUGCUGGUCAGCCUCUUCUCAUCAUAGGCUUCUCAGGACCCUUACUGGUGUUUGAAGAAGCUUUCUACAAGUUUUGUCAGGCCCAUGAUUUUGAGUACCUCACUGGUCGAGUGUGGAUUGGUUUCUGGCUCAUCUUCAUCGUCCUGGUGAUUGUGGCAGCAGAGGGCAGCUUCCUUGUUCGCUACAUCUCGCCUUUUACCCAGGAGAUUUUUGCUUUCCUGAUCUCCCUCAUCUUCAUCUAUGAGACUUUCUCUAAACUCAUCAAGGUGUUUAAGGAGCAUCCACUGAUGUCAACGUACCCAGCCAACAUUGUCCCUACCCAAUCUACUAUGUUUCAUGAUGUCUUCAACCAGCCCAACACUGCUCUUCUGUCUCUGGUCCUCAUGAUGGGCACUUUCUUUGUUGCCUUCUUCCUCAGGAAGUUCCGAAACAGUCGAUUUUUAGGUGGCAAGGCUAGAAGAAUCAUUGGUGACUUUGGUAUCCCCAUCUCAAUCUUAGUUUCAGUGUUGGUGGAUUACUCUAUUACUGACACAUACACACAGAAACUCAAUGUGCCAUCAGGGUUUUCAGUCACCUCCCCUGACAAGAGAGGUUGGUUCAUCAGUCCCUUUGGUGACAAACAGCCCUUUCCCCCCUGGAUGAUGGGAGCAUCUAUUGUACCCGCCCUUCUUGUCUUCAUCCUCAUUUUCAUGGAAACUCAGAUCACUUCAUUGAUUGUCAGCAAGAAGGAGCGUCGCCUGGUUAAAGGCUCAGGCUUCCACUUGGAUCUACUGCUUAUUGUCAUUCUGGGAGCCAUCUGUCCACUUUUCGGCCUGCCGUGGCUCACUGCAGCGACUGUGCGCUCCGUCACUCAUGUCAACGCCCUCACUGUCAUGAGCAAAGCCACAGCGCCUGGAGAAAAGCCUGUGAUCGAGGAGGUGAAGGAGCAGAGGGUGACCGGGCUUCUUGUGGCUGUGCUUGUUGGUAUGUCCAUAGUGAUGACAGAUGUGCUGCGCCUCAUCCCUCUGGCUGUGCUAUUUGGCAUCUUCUUGUAUAUGGGGGUCACCUCUUUGACAGGCAUCCAGCUAUAUGAGCGCAUCACGCUUAUGGUCACGCCUGCUAAGCACCACCCUGACCACAUCUACGUUACCAAGGUGAAGACAUGGCGUAUGAACAUGUUCACCAUAUUCCAGUUGGGGUGCAUCGUGGCUCUGUGGGUAGUGAAGUCUACUGAGGCCUCCUUGGCGUUCCCCUUCGUCCUCAUCAUGACGGUGCCGCUGCGCCGCCUCAUUCUCUCCCGGAUUUUUGAGGAACGUGAGCUCCAGGCGCUGGAUUGCGACGAAGAUUCUCCCAACUUUGAUGAAGAUGGACGAGAUGAGUACAAUGAGAUUCACAUGCUUGUAUAAAUUCAAGUUGGAUCCAGCCAAUAGGACUUUCUCCAUCCUCUAGCUCUGACCAAUCAGAGCAAACUUCUUUGGAAACCUCAGUGUCUCUGGGUAGUAGUGACAAAGCGAGAGGAGCUACAGUAAUGCUGUUUGUAAAAUAUACAAAAGCUAUAGCUGGAUAAUCACGUCUUACCUUUGUUUAUUCCAGUUUUCUAAAAGAGCACACCUAAUGUUAGAUCUUUGUGGUGGUGGUGUUGUGUUAACCUCCCUGAAGAUGUUAUUCUGUCAGACGCCAGCAAAUAAUAUGUGAUAUGGACGAUGCAAAUCUAGCAAAACACACACGAACACUUUAUUCAACUUUUUAUCCUAUCUAUCCCUUUAAUUAUUCUGCAGGUUUGGGGCAUAAGUGCAAUGAUGAUGGUGACUUCUAAGACUACAGCAGGCUUGUUGAUUCAGGCUGAUUUGGGUGAUGAAUGUAGGAAAUGGGGUCAAUUUGCUUUCAUUUCUGUUAAUUCAGGAAGUAGCUUUUCAUCCAAAUUCAUUAUUAUAACUCUGUUUUAACCCUUCACUGAUCUUACAUCUCUUUAACCAAACUAUAGAGAAAUAAUUAUGUUGUACCCUGUGUAUGUGAACCACAUUUUAUACUGUAUGGCUGAAUUGACCCUAAAUCCAAGUGGUGGUGCAGGAUAGCCAACCAAAAUUAAUUUUACUGCCUAUGUAGUUUGGCUGCCUUUUUCCUUUAUACUACUGCCAUUACCUAUAGAUUGCAAUGAUGUGCAAACAAGGAGUUAAAUAGUCCUUUUCCUUUAUAUGCAGACUUGUAGUAAUGAGCACCUUGACUGGGAAGUUUUGUCACUGCCAACCCAGCUCCCUGGCACAAAGCCUCCACUCUAAAUGUAAUGUCUCCUUGAAGCCAAAAUCUAGAGACUGCAUGAGCUCCUUCAAGAGGUGUUACCAUAUUUUGUUAGGUGUAAAUACCCAACAUACCAGUCCGCUUACUCCAUUAUGGUGACCUUGGAUGUAUAAAGAAAUAACUAACAAGGUCUCAACCUUAUUUUUCAACUUUGUUUUGUCUAUUUGUUUGUGACCCUUGGACUCAUUGCCAUGCUUGAUUAUCAGUGAUGUUUAGACUUGAAAUAGCUUAAACUGCUGGUUUAAAAUUGAAAAAAAUAUAUAUAUAUAUUGGGAACUUUAUACACUCAAACUACACAAUGAAUAACUCACACUUAUUCAUUCAUUAUUUCAUCUUCUCUGCAAGAUUUCCAUAACGUGUUGCACUUUUCACAGAUGUCAUGAAUAAUAUAAUAACACACUUCACUGGAAAAGCAUAGAAACUAAGCAAACACAAGAACUGAAAACGCUGGGGAGUAGUUGAGUGUUGGCAGAAUGUAUGAAUGAUGCAUUGUACAGUAAGACUGCAGAGCUUGGAAUUAUAAUGUACCAUCUGUGUUCGGAGUUGUUUUGAAAUACCGAGAGAUUUAGUUUUCACCUCUUAUAUUGCAAGCCCACUAUAGAAUUUUAAUUACCAUUCAGUCAUGACACGUUCAGGAACCUUACUUCUGCAACACAGAAACACCAGUUUUUAGAGCUACUGCACACAGAAAUUACACAGAUUUUCAUAAGGUACUCAAUUAUUCCAAGAUAACAGAUUUGUAUGAAGCUCCUAUUUACAGUAAGUGUAAAGAAAAUCAAUGUGAGUUCACCACAGCCAGUGUGUUAGACUACACUCUAGAUAAACAUUCCCAACGCUCAAAAUACUUAAUUUUGGAAGAGGAUUCCAGAAAGUGAAACAUUCACCUGAUGUGUCCGGGAUGUUCUGUGACAUGCUUUUCUCAAACAUGAUAAUGUUUUGAAAACCGGUGGGCAAAGAUCAGAUAUCAGCAGAUGUGCUUGAACUUGUUCACGUGGAUGUAAUAGUCCACUGUUCUUCACAAAAGACCCACUGAACUCUCUGAUCACAUUCAAGGACAAUAAGAUGAUACGGCGUUUGCGUGGAAGACAUUUUCAAACUCCAUACUCUGAAAGGUGGUAGAUGCGAAGGAUUAACCAAUUCGAAGCAGAGGGAGGUUUCUGCACACUGUCACUAUUGCCAAAUUCAACAUUUAGUCAAUAAAUAUGACAUGUUCAGUGAAAAUAGUGUCUAGAAUCUUCUACCUUCUAUUCUUACACCUUUCUUGCUUUCCUGCUAUAAUAAUACAUUCAUGGUGGAAUCAGUACGGAGACACUUUGUGGCUGAAGAGGUUUCUGUGAAUAGCUUUCAGAUAUAACUAAAGAGUAAAGACUCAUAAUGUUUUCAUGUAUUCACCAGAUAAUUUUAUAGCUGCAGUCAUGCAAUUAACUGAAAAACUCCAAAGUGCAUAAAAGUCAACCACAAGAAUGAGUGUAUCUCAUUUACAUAACCGUGUCCUACAUUACAAGCCAUGCAAGAACUCUGUCUCAGGGGAAACUGACCUUCGAUCUGUAAAUAUUGCUUCCCAGCCUCUAGUUUGUUGAGACUUUUGUGUACAUAAAGCGGUCAAGGCAAUCCAACACUUGCAAUGUAAAAGUAUAUGGCUUACAGUUCAGGCUUUUGUGUUGUACAAUGGAGAAAAUGAGGUCAAGUGAAGGGAACAAUGUGUUUACUCCGGAGAAGUGACGUGGAAUUUUAACUGUAAAUUAAUCAUUUUUCCUCUGUUAUUUUCUUUCGGCCUCAAUUUAAAGCUACACUUUGAUGUGAAGCAUUCACCUGCUGUAGUCUGUAUUCAAUUCCACGGCUCCUCGAGUUAACGAGUCACUGAAUGUGCUUUACAUUAGCACUACAUAGCAGUUUCAGUUUCAAUGGGCUUCGCUGUUAAUGGACCUUUUUGACCAGGUGUUUGUUUUCAGGGUUUAUGCUAAGAUUGAAAUGGCAAACUGUGUGCAAAGACACUGAUAAGUGUUCUUCCUUAUUGGCACCACUGUGUUCAUGACAUUAUUGAAUGUAAAUGUUUGGCCGUCUGUUUUCAGGGGCAUGAUGUUUCUUGGCAGAGACAGCAGAACUGAUUAUGAUUUAUGGAAGUUCAUUAACAACAAAGCUACUGAGCAAACACAAACAAAUUUAAAGCAGCAUUGCUCUUUUUUCGACCACUUGGGUGCAAGACUUCACAACAAGCUGAAUAUUACUCUCACAUUUGACAUAUUGAUGUUUAUGUCACAUAUUUGGUGCUGGGCAGGUAAACUUGGUUCAUCAGAGCUUUUUUGCCGAAAAAUAUGCCUGCUUCAGCUGGAGUGAGAGAGAGAUGAGCGAGGUGAGAGUCAACAAAAAAUUUAAGUUAUGGACCAUAAAACCAAAACUGUCAACUGAAGGACGCUAAAAUGGUCCAAAAAAUGAAGGAAACUGCAGAGAUGGGUGAUAAUUAUCUGUUGUUUUGUCUAAAGGGGUCACUACUAGUCACCCCUUUAACAUUACAGGUAGUCUUUUUUUUUUCAAUAUAAAAAUAUUUAGCUUCAAGUGUGAAAAUGUGUGAGGUGCACAAGAAGGGUUGUGUGUCAAAUGUAAGCGAGCACGGAGGCUUCCUCUGCUCACUGUCUUCAAAGUCACAUGCUCUGUGUUUUGGCAGUUUAUAUUCCUUACAUGUAAACUUCAACUGAAAGCAGAUCAUCUAUUGAAAUGACCUGGAAUAUCAUCCAGUAAGAAGACAUAAAUUAUGACCCUAAUAGCUGGAUGUGGGCACAUCUUGUUAAAGCCUGUUACAAAAAAAAAAAAUGUUGGUAAGCGGUUUGAAAUUCUUAAGACCUCAGAUUCUGUUAAAUUAAGAAAACUCUCAAAACUCUUUUUAAGCAGAGAAAUGUGUCCGUGCAAGCUCUCUUCUCUUGAUUAUCAGCUUGAUUAAAACUUGAAUUUGUUUUGUGAUUGAUGAAUAGAUUUGUCAUGAAUUAACUUCCAUACCUAACCAGCUAAAGCAAAUAGUUAAUUAUACACACAACACUUAGAAGGGCAACACUGUAAGAAACAAACAUUAGAUGAAAAAGUCAUGCCUGCACAUAGACUGCUCAUCUGGUCCAAAAUAUUUUGGCAUAAUGUAGAUCAAGCUGGGAACAAAACACCUAACUUUAAGGACAGGAGUCAGUAUUUUUCUUUGGUGGUGUUUUUUUUUUUUUUUUUUGACAAUAAUCUCUUAGCCAAAUGAGUUGUCAGUAGCCAUCUGCCAUCUGCAGCCAGUGGAGCUGUGUAUUUUUUGUGCUGGUUGACCAAUAGUGGUAAAAGAGGCACAAGGUCCUGUGUUGUCUGAGAAUACAAGGCUGUUAGACUGUUCAACACAUCCACGUGCUCUUGUUAUGACAAGAACUGGUGUGUCUGUGUAUGUGCGGAGCUGCGUAGGUCAAAGCCAAGACAGAGCCAGCGAACGCAUACUUAGCAAAACAUCCUUUCAGUAUUUACACAAGGGGGGAAAAAAAACGAAUGUCGGGUAUUAUUUAAGAUAAUAAAAGGUGCGGUGCUGCCACUCUGUCCUGUCUGGACGCUAGAUGUUGAAACACGCAAGAUGAAGGGAAAAAUAGUUGUUGUUUUUUUUUGACCCUCAAAAAGUUCUGCCAUGUCAAUGAUCCUAGUUCACCACACUUCGUCGCCUUAUACCACCAUGGUUGCAGGGCAGACCACCCACCCAAAUCUAAGACUCGGCUCUGUUGUUUUUGAACCUCUUUUAAUUCAACAUUAUUGGUUUGAGUAAAGACGUCUGGCGAUCUUGGAGUCUAGCAUAUGGAAUAGUGUAUGAUUUCCAAAGAUUAUAUAUACUAUAAAUCAGAUACGUCUAAACUCACCUAUUAUAACAAAGGUUGCUCAUUCAUAUAUUCUUGAAAAAAGCAGAAUCCUAGUGGAUAGUAUCUUUUGGAUAUUAUAGUAUUGCCACUCAUUUUUCUUUAAUUGCACUGCAUACCAAAGGAUUAGCUCCUUAGUAGGAUUAGUUUCCUUAUUUUGGUCUUCAUCGUCACAUCUUGUUGGUGAUCUCCCUUGAUGUAAAUAAAAUACUAUCUUUUGAAAUGUUUUUUUGUGAUAGAAUUAUGAUGCCGUCUGGAUAGUGUUUAUAAUCAAGGGCAUGAUCUCUUUAACGAAACGGUUUUAUUUCAGCGGUGUGACAGGACUGAUCAUUACAGGAACACCUGAUUUCUACAUACAUACUACUCGUUUAAAGCCAUGGGUUCCAUAAAGCUUCAGUAUUUAUCUGAAAGCACUGCUUUGAGAUAAAUGAUGCAGCUCAAACUGCUUUUGAGCUUCAUCAAGAGAAAAAUGUUGCACUUAGGUUUCUUUGGAUUGCUAGAUGCUUGACUCUCUUCACCACCCUCUCAUUUACUUUGGCUCUCUGCCUUGGUGGGCAGGUGGAGUAGGCUACAAUCAGUACAGCACAGUACUGCAGAUCGCCUGUUGAUUCUCAGUGUACUGAGUACUAGCAUCACUUUCACAUUAUAUAAAGUCACUGGAUUCAAGGUUGAAAUGGAAAACGUUGCCUAAUGAAACUUUACAUUGUUUUGAUGACACACAGCUGGUCUUCAUGGGGUCUGCACAACUAUCCUCUGAUGUAAACUGAUCUGAUGAUAAAUGAUGAAAUGCAGUACUUUUCAGAUUGACACAUAGGUUGUGUGGAUACUUGAAUAGCAGGUUCAUCUUGCUAUUGCUGUA